UGCGUUUGUUCACAAAGAAGAAGACGUGAUCAGACGAAAGAAGCUUGAUAAAUCAGACUGUGCACUACUUUCAUUCCUGACCUACCUAAAACCAGCACGCUUCCAUGGCCUACGCCUGACCCAGACUCUGUAAGGAACACGACGUUUGCCACUUUACCCAGACAAACGCAGCCAACUUACUGAUAGCAAUACCCAGGACAGCGGUUCCACCAGACCAACACACCAUGGAAAACCAUACUGUGGACUUAGCUGACUUGCCACUGACAACAGAGUUCGACUACGGCGAUGCGGUACCAUGCAUGGGAACUGAGGAAAAGCACUUUGCAGCAACAAUUUUGCCACCGCUUUAUUCUUUGGUGGUGAUAUUUGGCCUCACAGGCAACCUGCUUGUUGUCCUUAUCCUGGUAAAAUACAAGAGACUGAAGAGUAUGACUGACAUCUACCUGCUCAAUCUGGCAAUUUCUGAUUUGACGUUUGUAUUUUCUCUCCCUUUUUGGGCUUAUUACGCUGUUCAUGACUGGAUUUUUGGGGAGGUGCUGUGUAGAAUGCUCUCAGGUGUUUACCUCCUUGGCUUCUACAGUGGUAUCUUCUUCAUAAUCCUGUUGACCCUAGACAGGUAUCUGGCCAUAGUGCAUGCAGUGUUUGCUUUAAAAGCUAGGACGGUUAUCAAUGGCAUCCUCGCCAGCAUUGUCACUUGGGCCGUUGCUAUUUGUGCUUCUGUUCCUGGAAUAGUAUUUCACAAAACUCAAAAGGAAAAUUCACGUUACACUUGCAGUGCUCAUUAUCCAAGUGAUUCCUUAAUAAAUUGGAAGUACUCCUGUACUUUAAAGAUGAAUAUUCUAGGACUUAUUGUUCCAAUGCUCAUUAUGAUUUUCAGUUACUCACAAAUUCUAAAAACAUUAUUGGGAUGCAAGAAUGAGAAAAAACAGAAGGCAGUCAGACUUAUAUUUGUGAUAGUGAUUUUUUAUUUCAUCUUCUGGACACCAUUCCAUAUUUCUUCUUUUUUGCAUACCUUUCAAAGUUCACUUUUCAACCCAAAUUGUGAAAUCAAAGCUCAACUGGAGAAAGCAAUCCAAGUGACAGAAACAAUAUCAAUGAUCCACUGUUGUAUCAAUCCUGUGAUCUAUGCAUUUGUUGGAGAAAAAUUUAGGAAGUAUCUUUGCAGCUUUUUCCGAAAGCAUGUUGCAGCCCACCUCUGCAAAAAAUGUCCAAAUCUUUAUCGUGAAAAAUUAGAAAGAGUUAGUUCCACAUUCACACCAUCUACUGCAGAGCAUGACAUCUCUACUGGACUGUAAAAAUAUAUCAAAACAUAUGUUGCAUUACUCGCUUUGCCUUACAGACUGCCUGACAUUAUUUAAGAUCUGUAUGUCAACCACUACUGAAAACUAUGACCCUCAAUUCGUGUGGUUAACUGCUCCCUGGGGUUACAGCAUUUUCCAUUCUUAAGCUAAGAAAUCAGUGAGUUCUCCAGGAAUCAUUAACACCAUACCUGGAUCAUAUCAAGAUUUGAAUUGGGCCCAGAAUAGUACAAUUCUGUCUCGACCCAAAUUGUAUCCAGUGAACAAAUGCUAGUGAGAUUUACCUGGCGGGAAUACAAUACUGAAGAGACUAAGGAGUAACAUGUCAUCUCACAAGAGCCAUUUGCUGUUAUGUGAACAUUUUAAGAUGAACACCGGGAGGAAGCACUGAGGAUUGAUGUACUGUUUAGUAUUCAGCAUUAAUGGAACACCUUUUGGAAGUGACUGUAUUCUUUCUGCAAUAUGGCCAGGCCUUUGAUAGGGGAAGGCUUUUAGUUUUCUUCAUUUUCCUCCCUACCCCUUUUUGUUUCCAUAAAAAGUAAUUUGAGGAUUAAUAUGAGAUAUAUCAAGAUAAUAUUUCUCCUCUGAUGGGAGAGUUGAGUGACCUUUAUCUUACUGGGACCAUUUAACCCAAGGAUUUAUCUGUUAGCUAAUAGUGGAGUCAUAUUUAAAGAUAAACCUUCUGACUGUAGACUGAGUUAUAGUAUUUUGAUUUUAGUAAUUUAAUUUUAUGCCUGCCAUAUCAUAGUUCAGUUGCUAACAUUUUCCAAAGUGAGAUCUUAAUGGGUAACAUUGUGAUUUUUAUGGGUGCAAUUUUGCAAGUAUCUGCACACACCAAGUCUACUGACUGCACCAUAAGACAAUGUUGUACCCCACAAAACCAUGAGAUUGCUCCUGACAAAUCAUAUCCCUCCAAGGAAAACAGCACUUAACCAAUAAAAGUACAUCAGCAAAGAUCUGCAAGGUCAGAAUGAAAAUUACCUUGGUACUUGGUAUGCAGGAUUCUGUAU